GUGGGGGAAGCGGGUCCCAUGAAGAUUUCGCAGGGGGCAAUCGGUUUGUGAUUUACAUCAGAAUUUAUCAACAACAAUCAUUAUCAUCAACAUACUACGUAACAGUAGGAUUUACUUGUGCAAAACUCAACAAGUUGAACAUCAAACUAUUAGUGCAUUGUUUUACGUAUGUGAUACCUAAGAAUUUUCAACAUGGUUGUCAAGAUGUUACACACCUGCAGCACAAUGACUGACCAGCUGUACAAUCCGAUAAACCACCUGACGCAGUCCGAGUUGAUGGAAAAAUUCAACCUGGCGUUCUACGAAGCACAGAACCUGACAAAAACGGACAUACUCUCAACCUUCAACGAGACAUCGGCGACCGCGAACUCCGAUAUCGAGUUUAACUGCCUUGCUGAAUCGGCCGAUGAUUACCUGAUUGAUUACUUGAUCUCGAACGACACCCCCGUCAGCACACCCAGGAGCGAUAUUGAUAUCAACUUCGAUUUCAACGAAUUUGAAGAGAAUUUCAAGCAGAACGUUGACGGGGUCGACUCGAAUUUCGACACAGAAACGUAUACGACUGAAAACUCCUACGAAACAAACCAAAAGAUCUUCAACAAGACUGCCUCAUCAUCACAAUUCUUCGUAUUGCCACCCUUCUCACUGACCGAUCAACAAUCGCAAGGCAAAACGCCUGAAAACGCGGACCUUCACAGUAUUCCCGUAGAAGACCUCAACGAAACCUCUUUGGAUAUCGACGACCUUACGACGGGGUUGCAAGAUUUCAAUGAGAACGCUUUCACAGAGAGCGUGAAUAUGAGCGCGACUCCACUUCCUCCUGUGAACACGAUCACAAAAAGUAACGUGGAUUUCGGACACUUCCUGAGAGGUAUACCAGUGAACAGCACGAGCACCUACGACUCCUGCGGAAAAGACCAGGAAGUCCCUUCGAAAAGCGACUUUGGUCACUUGAUAGGCAGCCAAUCGGCAAACCUUAUCGCCGAGGAAUCCAACUCGAACCAGAGCUUUCCUGACCAAUCCCAGGCCAACCAAAUGGUUCUAACCCAAACCGACGCAUUGCUGAACGACGACCCCCUGUUCAGCUCGACCAAUCUAAUGUACUCCAGGAACUUUGCUUUUGACCAAAUGGACAGUUGCGACGGUCUCGAGAUAGACGAUGUAAGCAGCGCGAUCAGCUUUCAGUGCAAGUGGGACAGGUGCUACCAAGUGUACGAGUCGCAGUCGAGUCUGGUCAAGCAUAUUGAGAAAAUGCAUGUGGAGCUGAAGAGAGGUGAAGAAUUCACAUGCUUUUGGGAAAACUGUCCAAGGAACACGAAGCCCUUCAAUGCGAGAUAUAAGCUUUUAAUACACAUGAGAGUACACAGCGGGGAGAAGCCAAAUAAAUGUCCGUUUGAAGGAUGCAACAAAGCUUUCUCAAGAUUGGAAAAUCUGAAAAUCCAUCAAAGGAGCCACACGGGCGAGCGGCCAUAUCUAUGUCAAUUUUCGAACUGCACAAAAAGUUUCUCCAAUAGUUCGGAUAGAGCAAAACACCAACGGACACAUUUUGAUACGAAACCAUACGCCUGUCAAGUGAUUGGUUGUACGAAAAAAUACACAGAUCCCAGCAGCUUGAGGAAACACGUAAAGAACCACACAGUUGAGGAGCAGAUGCAAGUGAAGAAGAGGUCGAAUGAAAGAAUGAAUGAAGAAAUCCUCUCAUCAGUAGCAGCCAAAAAGUACUUUGGUUCCACAAGACAAAAGACCGUCAAAGAACCACACACUUUCUACUUCCCUAACUUUGAACACAGCUAUUCAAGCUACAGUUGUCUGGAUUCCGCUGUGAAGAUGGACAUCAAAAGUAAGCUGAGUGAGAAGAUCAGGAUUAAGAAAGAGUGCUGCUGAAUAUCUCAUAUGGUCCAACUGUAAGCCGUGAUAUGAAUAAGACUGUCUCGAAGGACAGCUUGAAGCCAAAAAUCACAGAUCGUCUGAUAUGAUCAUCAGAUUGUCCUUGACUGAAACACUAGGGUCGAGAGAAUCGUAUAAAGUUUAAUUUUUAUGUCGAAAAUGAAGAGAGAUAGAAAGAUAAAGAUCAUGUAAACAAAAUAACUAUAGUCCCACCAAUAAUAAAAACGAUAAAUAUAGAACUUAUUCAAAUUCAUUUAACAACAAACUAGGUAAUUGGGUGGGAUUAAUGAAAAACACAUAAAAGUGAAUGGUGCAUAACUAUAGCCUACUAGAUUUUUUUAAGCAGCUUGAAAAAGGGAAAGGUUUGUUCACUACAUUUUCUAAUUAAGCCAAAAAGUCUUGCGGGCAUACUAGUCCUACCUACCUGUUUGUUCAACGUUUUAGGCUCUAAACUGCUCCAAACGUGCUCUAAUGCACUUUUCAGAUUAUUUACAGAGACAUAUGUCUUGUUGUCUUUAUAAGCUCGGUGAAUUAAAAUUUGCUAGAGGUUUUUGUUAGAAUUCGGUAUAGUGAACAAUAUAUUCAGAACCAGAAUGCAAUAUUUCUUUCUACAAAACCAAGCCAUGGACAUCCUAUCAACAUGUAUAACAUAGCUUCUUAGCUUAUAGGAUGGAAAAAUAAAUACUCGUUAUAUACAUCUCUUUCAAAUAAUAGCUGGAUGCUAGAUGUAACUCAAUAAUCAAAUGUCUUGGGUUAUUUGAAAGACCUCUACAGUCAAUGACAAGAACAAUGUAAACACUAUUACACGACGAUCCAUCACGUUUUGACGUCUACUGAGGUGAACAGCUGAUCAACAAGUGACAUCUUUGUAUUAGGGCCGUAUUUUUAUAGUUGUCUAGUGCUCCGUCUCAGCGCUCUAUUUUGAGGUUAUGUUGCAAAUAUCUAUUUGCAUCAAAUUGUUCGUGCGUUUGAUCUACACCAUUAACAAAUAGCCUGAAAUUUUCUACAAUGGAAGAAGAAAACAUAGCCUGACGAUAGGAGAGCGCUGACGCUGACAAGGAGCAAUAGAAAUCUAGAAAUAUCCCAGCCUUUCUGAAGGAAAGAAAAUACAAUGAAAAUGAAGGAGGACAUAAAGGCGUCGAACAAUUGUACGAACGACUGACGAUAUGGCCUUUAGUCUCUAACCGUUGUCAAUAAUGAAUCAGGUGCAAAAUUAGUAAAACUUGCUUGUAGCGUCUUUUUUCUUGUAUUCGAAUGAACUUUUAGCAAGUAUACUGGAUGAAUCUGUAGCCUACAAAAAACAAAACAAUAUACGGCUCUGUCCUCCUGGCCUUGAAGGAUCCGUCUGAGUUGUAUGAUUUGUCAAUAUGGGGAAUUUUGAAAUAUUACUAAAUAAUCAUCCUCCGUAACGGAUACUCGUGAAAAAGACAAUAUUACAUACAUAAUUAUUUUGACCCGUCUUCAAUAAAGGAUGUUAUUUUCAAAAUAUUUUCCCGCCCUAUAUAUUCAAAUUUUAGCAACGGUUUUUCGCAAAUGGUCAAAGGACAAAAUAGUCCAGUCUAAAUAAUCACUCACUCUGUAUCUAACUUUAUCAGUUACCGGAAAGACUGAAAAACUAGCAAUGACAAAUUUUUUGCUAGGGUAGAGUUAAAGAGGCAAACAAGUUCUCACAAGUGUACUUUAUAAUUAUUACUCAUAGUAAGUUCCUCAGUUUCACUUUUAAGAUUGUUGAAAACAAUGAGGAGUAACUACCAUAUGCAUUUAAAGUAUUUUAGAGACCAAAUAUGUGAUAUUAGUAAUUUUUGUAAAUAUUUAUGUGCCAUGUAACUUAGUGAAUUUGUAAAUAUGUACAGAUUAAGGAAUGAUCUUGUGAUCAAUGCAUCACAAAGAUGUUUUUUUCUAUGUGAAUAUCUUUUUAAAGUGGAGCUGAA